AUGACUCUCAGGAUAUAUGGAAAAUCACUUCUCCUGAGAAGUCCUCAAAUGGUCAAAUAUAGAUCAACCUGGAACCCAUUUUUCUUUAGCCGAAACUACAAACAACAGUCUCGAGUCGAAGUAUUCGAAUCAGAUGAAUUCAUCUAUCUUGGUGCUACCAUCAGUGUAGCAUAUAUUAAUCCUAAUAACUACCAGUCAGAUUUAACAGCCAGAGCAUUAUUUGAGUAUAAAUCACUCUGUGCAGUGGUAUUUUCUAAUCCCGCAGCUGUAUUCUUACAGAUAUUUACUAACGCGAAAAGAAACUCUCGACAAAUUCGGGAUGUAACUGGUAUGGACUUAGCGCAGAUACAUAGAGCUCAUUUCUAUCUUUGGGUCAAUAUCGCAUUGUGGAUUCUUGUGGAGUGUAUAUCUGGGAUUGGUAUGGCUACUGUACUUAAUUUACUCAUCUCUGAGAUUACUCUGAUAGAUAGCUGGAUGUGUGAUAUCUGUCUUUGA